ACUGCGUCUUCACGUCAUCACGUCGUCGGCUGCAGUCAUGGCGGCGCACAUCAGCACCCUGUCGCUCCCUAGACUACUGGUCGCUGCAAAGAAUGCAUCGCUCCACGCCCGAUGGCAGGCGGUGGCCCACUCUGCCGUCCGCUACUCCACCGUCCCGGUCCCUCAGGAGAAGACCUUUGAUAAAAUCCUCAUCGCCAACCGAGGAGAGAUCGCCUGCAGGGUGAUGAAGACGUGCAGGAUGAUGGGGAUCCAGACGGUGGCGGUGCACAGCGACGUGGACGCCAGCGCGGUGCACGUCAAGAUGGCCGACCAGGCGGUGUGCGUCGGCCCGGCACCGACCAAUCAGAGCUACCUGAACAUGGACGCCAUCAUGGAGGCGGUCCGCAGCACCGGCGCCCAGGCGGUCCAUCCAGGCUACGGCUUUCUGUCGGAAAACAAAGAGUUUGCGAGGCGUCUGGCAGCGGAGGGCGUGGCCUUCAUCGGGCCGGACACGCACGCCAUCCAGGCGAUGGGCGACAAGAUCGAGAGCAAGCUGAUCGCCAAGGCUGCCCAGGUCAACACCAUCCCGGGGUUCGACGGCGUCGUCGAGACGGUGGAGGACGCGGUGAGGAUCGCCCUGGACAUCGGUUACCCGGUGAUGAUCAAAGCUUCAGCCGGAGGAGGAGGGAAAGGCAUGAGGAUAGCCUGGAACGAAGAGGAGACCAGGGAUGGCUUCCGCUUUUCCACUCAGGAAGCGGCCUCCAGCUUCGGUGACAGCAGACUGCUGAUCGAGAAGUUCAUCGACAACCCCCGACACAUAGAGAUACAGGUGCUGGCUGAUAAACACGGUAACGCUCUGUGGCUGAACGAGAGGGAGUGCUCCAUCCAGAGGAGGAACCAGAAGGUGGUGGAGGAGGCUCCCAGCACCUUCCUGGACGCGGACACCCGCCGGGCCAUGGGGGAGCAGGCGGUGCAGCUGGCCCAGGCGGUGCAGUACUCCUCCGCCGGCACCGUGGAGUUCCUGGUCGACUCCCACAAGAACUUCUACUUCCUGGAGAUGAACACUCGGCUGCAGGUGGAGCAUCCAAUCACAGAGCUCAUCACUGGGCUGGACCUGGUGCAGCAGAUGAUCCGCGUCGCCAAGGGUUACCCCCUCCUCCACAAACAGGAGGACAUCCCCAUCAACGGCUGGGCCAUCGAGAGCCGCGUCUACGCAGAGGACCCGUACAAGUCCUUCGGCCUCCCGUCCAUCGGCAGGUUGUCUCAGUACCAGGAGCCGUUGAACCUCAGCAACGUGCGUGUGGACAGCGGCAUCAGUGAAGGAAGUGACAUCAGCAUCUACUACGACCCCAUGAUCUCCAAGCUGGUCACCUACGGGGCCACGCGGGCGGAGGCCCUCUCCAAGAUGGAGGACGCCCUGGAUAACUACGUCAUCAGAGGUGUGACCCACAACAUCCCUCUCCUGCGGGAGAUCAUCACCCACCCCCGCUUCAUCUCCGGGGACAUCAGCACCAACUUCCUGCCGGAGGUCUACCCCGACGGGUUCAAUGGUCACCAGCUGACGGCGGGGGGGCAGAGGGAGCUGCUGGCUUCGGCGGCCGCGCUGCACGUCUCCGCACAGCUGCGCGCGCAGACCUUCCUGGGCACGCUGAGGGUGUCCGCCUCCUCCCAGGAGCGGCGGCGCUGGGACCUGUGUGUGGAGCUGGGGGGGGAGCGCCACCCGGUGGUGGUCUCCAGAACAGGACAGACCUACACGGUGGAGGUGGGGGGAGAGAGCCUGGUGGUGAGUGGGGAGUGGGAUCUUGCCUCCCCCCUGCUGCCCCUGAAGAUCAACAACACUCCCAGGAUGUUGCAGUGUCUGUCCAGGACUGCGUCUGGGGACAUCUGUCUUCAGUACCUGGGAACAUCGUUCAAGGUGCGCGUCCUGUCCCCGCUGGCUGCUGAGCUGAGCUCCUUCAUGCCGGAGAAGGUUCCAGAAGACACCAGCAGCAUCCUGCGCUCGCCCAUGCCGGGCUCCGUGGUGGCCGUGUCCGUCAAGCCCGGAGACACGGUGGCCGAGGGCCAGGAGAUCUGCGUGAUCGAGGCCAUGAAGAUGCAGAACAGCAUGACGGCGGCCAAGACUGGAAAGGUGAAGAGCGUCCACUGCAAGGCCGGAGAGACGGUGGGAGAGGGCGAUCUGUUGGUGGAGCUGGAGUAGAGAUACACCGUCCUUCGGAGGCCUUUUAAAACAUCUGACUCCACCCCUCACACCACCGGACCCCUCCAGCCACGGCCACCUCCACCCUCUGGUCACCUCCACCCCCUCUGACAGCACCAGACCCCUCCGGCCGCGGCCAACUCCACCUCCGACCCGGCCCCCCAGCUCCCCCAGCUCCUCAUGCGACCAGGGAGAACCUCCAUCCAAGUGAACCUUCUCCGUCGUGUUCCAUCCUUUUUUCUCCCGCCAGUUCACUUGGCUCCGACCUGGGACAUUACCUUCAUGGACUGUAUGGUGUGCCACAGGAAGUACCCGGUCUCACUUCCUGUCCUACAGGAAGUACCCGGUCUCACUUCCUGUCCUACAGGAAGUACCCGGUCUCACUUCCUGUCCUACAGGAAGUAUCCGGUCUCACUUCCUGUCCGUUAGUGCAGUACAGGAUGUGUCGGACCGCUGGGGGGGGGGGGGUGGGGCUUACUCCCAUUGCGUCACAGUCGUGCCUUUCUCCCUCCUCUAGUACAAACCCCCCUAAAGUGAUUACCUUUGGUGUUUUUGUAACGUGUUAAAUACUGUAGAUACUGUAGAUUGUGAAAGAAGUGUUACGAGAGACGUGAAUAAUAAAGACAAAGGUCUCCAUUUGAAUGAACAGGUCGUCCCGUAUCAUUUCACCGACCGACGAGCAUUGAGCUUCUGGGAGUGAAAGAGACUCUGUUCACCAGAGACCGUUAAUAGACGGUACUAUGCAGUAUUGACUGUGUACCCCACUACUACUGUUGGUUAGGGGGUUUACCUGUGUUAGGGGGUCUUCCUGUGUUUCCAUGCUCGGUUUGGACCCCCUUUGCUGGGUUCCACUGCUUUUUCCUAUAACCUACACACACAAUGUUGAAUCGACUCUGGGCUCCCUUCUAGCCUGAUAGGUCCUUUUUGUUUGAACGUGACACUGAGAAGUGGGCUGUAAAAUGGGAUUAUGGGGGUCCGGCCAAGACAAGGAUGUACCUCCCCUCUCCUCUUACCCUAUUGGUUGGUUCACCGUGGAAAAUAUGCACACAAAAGAAAUCGGUACAAUUCCGUUUAAAUUCCAAUGUAUUUAUAGGACACUAAUAAAAUUUGUCUUACAAAUUGCAA